AAGUGCCAAACACUUGGCAACCAUUCAGACAUUCAGACAUUCAGCCAGCAGCUCUUCUUCUUCAGCAGCUCUUCUUAAUUUAAUAGGCAGUCUCUCCUGAGGAACCAGCACUUCUCUCCUUUAUUUCUCCUCUAGUUUAGGAAAUCUUCUAACUCUAGAGAAAAUGGCCAACGGAGGGAUGCAGCUUCUGGGCUUUUCUCUGGCUUUUUUAGGAUUUAUAGGUUUAAUAAUCUCCACGACCAUGACUGAGUGGAAGAUGUCUUCAUACGCCGGGGACAACAUCAUCACGGCUCAGGCCCUGUAUGAAGGACUGUGGCAGACCUGUGUGUACCAGAGUACUGGACAAGUGCAGUGUAAAGUCUUCGACUCCCUGCUGCAGCUACCUCUUCAGGUUCAGGCUGCUCGAGGGUUCAUUAUUACAGGGAUCUUGCUCUGCUUCAUGGCCGUCAUGGUGGCGGCUGUGGGUAUGAAGUGCACCACCUGCCUGUCCGACAACAUGGAGGUUAAAAACAAGGUGGCGGUGGCUGGAGGGGUGGUCUUCAUCAUUGCAGGUGUCUGUGCUUUUGUUGCCACUAUUUGGUACGGAGACAACAUCAGACGCCAGUUCUUCGACCCCUUCACCCCAACUAACUCAAAGUAUGAGUUCGGGAAGGCGCUGUAUAUCGGCUGGGGGGCGUCGGCGCUGACCGUUAUCGGGGGGAGUCUGCUGUGCUGUAACUGUGGAAGUAAAGGGUCUUCUUCAAAUGCAGGAGCGCCAAAAUACCCAGCGGCUCGACCCAAUCCCAACCAGCCCAGCCAACCCGGCUACGUCUAACCAUUACUGAGCAGUGAAAAACUGCAAACACUGCAAAAAACUUUAACACAUAAAACCUCUUAAAUAUAGCAUAGAUAUCAAAUAUUUCACAUUUAAUAUAAGUUAGGUUAUAAAAAUAACUUAGGGUCCUAUUUUACACUUUGCACAAGGUGUGUCGUAAUGUUCAUUGUUAUCUUACACCCCACCAACAGUAUAUUUUUAAGCCUUCUACCUGCGGCGUUUAAAUAGUUACAGUGCUUGUGAAUAUAUCCACACUGAUGGGUGUGGUGUUCUGGAAAUGAGGCGUGGUCAGGUAAAUUUCUGGUUUAUUGCUAUCUUGGCAACGGAAAACACUGGUCAACAGUCAGACGUUCAUUGCUAUCUUGGCAACACAGGGGCCAAACACAUAAUAAAUAAAUAAUAGAAAAUAAAAUAACAUUGCUGUUCCUGUAAAUGACCUGCUGGCGCACCUUUUCCUCUGCUGAGAAACACAAAAGCGCUGCACUGUUAAAAUAGCAAUCCGCCAAAGUGUGACUAAAGCACAGCCCAUGAUUAAUUAGAGAGUAAAAGAGAAUAAUUAAAUGCCUUUUGCGCAUUUCGAGCCAUGCAAAGGUGUACUUUUCCUGCCUAUAGAUCAUUUAAAUAAGCCCCUUGAUCUGCCAAAAGUCUGUUUAUCAUCUUUCUAUUAGCAGAUAAUUUGGCUUAAUUCAAAUUUGUGAAUUUGUGAAUUUGUCAAAAAAGCAUGCUUAAAACAGAGACUUUUAUUAGAUUAAGUUACUAAAAACAAUGAAAAAGGUAUUAAAUACUUAACUUACUACUUACUUAAUUCAGGAAAUAUAGGUUUUCUUAAGAAAUCAUGUUUAAAACAGAGACUUUUAGUGGAUCAAGUUACUUAAAACAAUGAAAAACUUGCUUUAAAAUAAGUUGAAUAUUUUUAUACAAUUCUGACAACAAUACAAAAGUGAGAAAGGUCAGAUAUUUAGAUAUUUAAACUAGAUUAAGAGGAUUUAAUGUAAAGCUAAGAUGCUAAAUGUGUUGCAGUGUAUAUCCUCAGGAAACGAGCUGAGCAGGACCUGGAUGAGCAGAAGCACGGUGGUUUGUUUUAAUGUGAUUUAAUGUGAGGAUGUUUCUAUAUAUAUAUAUAUAUAUAUCUUUAUAUUCUGAAUUGUUUAAUGAAUUAAAUGCACUGUGUGGCUUUUUUUCUUUAUAUGUUAAUGUUUUUAUUUUUGUUUCUGUAACAAAAGUCUUACAACUCUUUAUCUUAGCUUUAGUUUGUUUGUUAAAAUGAUAUUUCUAUUGGUCUUGAAGCUUGAAGAUGCUUUACUUUUAGGGAAACAGGAACUGCUUGGCAACUUGUGGGCACCAGAUAUCAAACCCAUCACUAACUGUAACAUAUUCAUUAUUUCAAUAAUGUAACCUUAACUUGUAACCCUUAUGGUGAGUUGGCUGGGCUUAGAAUCACACAUACAGAUGCUGUAAAUUUUCUUUUUAGCAUAUUUUACUUUAUUCUAGCAUUUUGUUACAAUUACAGACUGAAUUUUAUGAACAGGAUAAUAGAUAAGAAUGUUUGGUCCCUCUUUAUAAUAAGUGUGUGUAAUAACUGUGUAGUUACACAUUAACAAGCAUGUAAUAACUGUGUAACUACUGAUUAAGUACACACUGUUUUUAAUAAUCAUUAAACAGUCUCAUCCCUUAAUUACAUACCAAACAAGGGCUAUUGAAGAGAUAUCUGUGUAAAACAACGUACAUAAAUAUCUAUAUUAAAACUAAAAGGUAAAUCCACAGCUGUUUUCUUUAUAUAUUUCUUGACUGUUUAUAGUGUUGUGUUAGUUGUUUAUUUGGAAGUUUAUUAAGGGUUUCCAGUUCUGCUGUUUGUUAUUUGGUGUUUUUAGUUAUUUACAGAAUGCUGGAUGUGUUGUUCUCUAUCUGAAAUUAAAUAAACGUUGGUUUUGUAAGAUUCA